CAGAAUAUUAUUCAACCUACAUACGUGUGUGUGUGUGUCAGUGUGUGUGUCACAUGCUAUAUGUUAGUUAGUGCCUAACUUUGUUCUUGUGUAUAUAUAUUACACACACAUAUUGGUUUCGGGUGGUGGUUGUUGGUGGCAGAUGGCGGAGUUCGUACACUUGGUGGUGGUGAAGUUCAAAGAAGAGGUGGUGGUGGAGGAUAUUAUCAAAGGGUUGGAAAAGCUUGUUUCUCAAGUUGAUACUGUCAAAUCCUUUGUUUGGGGAAAGGAUAUUGAAAGCAUGGAGAUGCUAAGGCAGGGGUUCACUCAUGCUUUAAUGAUGACAUUUGGGUCCAAAGAUGAUUUUGAUGCUUUUCAAACCCACCCUAACCAUCUCGAAUACACGGCAACAUUCUCAGCCGCAAUCGAAAAGAUUGUGCUUCUUGAUUUUCCGGCUGUUGUGGUCAAGCCUCCAGCCGCUUGAUGUGUGGAUUGUAAGCGAGUUCAAAAACAUGAAGGAAUUAAGAAUGUUUAUAAUCAUUCUAGUUGUGUUUUCAAGAGAUUUGAUGAUUGUAUGAGGAACUUGUGGAUUUUUUUUAAAUAAACAUGUUAGCUUGAUUUAUAAUAAUGUAUUUUUUAUAUUAAGAGGGUGUUUGAAUUUGUGGUUUGAA